AAAUAAACCACAUUCUAAAAUGUUUUUGUAAGGCCUCUAUACCUGUUGUUGUUUCUGUAGUAAGGGCAAAACAUGUAUUUUAUCAGUGGAGCUGUUUGACUUGUACUUUGUGCCUCUGCGGGAGGGAGUUAUAGUGUAGUGGCUGCCAGCUGGGAAAUCACAGAUGCCUGAGGCAGGAAUUCCAGCUAUGCAACAACCUGUACCUAGUGACGUUCUAGUUAGAAGAGGAAGGCUUCUGAAAUCUCACCUUUUCAUUUUCAUACAAGCAAGGAGGUGCGCCUUCUAUACAAAUGCUCCAUUUUGCUGCUCAGAACUGACACCAUCAAAAAGUGACGGAUUGACCUGAUCCCAGUAUUAGGAUUCCUUCGAAUAUCUUAUUUAAAACAUAAGAUAUAAGGCAACUGAAACUACAAUCUGCCGUAUUGUUUCUAUUUUUACUGUGCAGUUGAUAACAUUUUGCAGCAUGUCUGCACAGUGGAAGGCAGAUCCAGAACUCAUGGAUAAGGAGGAAGAGGAACUUUGGGAGAUGAUUGAGAGGCAUAGAUGUAAGAUUGUGCAAAGGUUAUCUCCUGAACGACUAACUCCAUACUUGCGCCAGGCCAGAGUUCUGGAUGAAAUGGAUGAAGAGGAGGUUCUACACUGUGCCAAGUUCUCUACAAGAGCAAUGAAGAUGGGACGCCUCUUAGAUCUGCUUCGUACUAGGUCUAAGAAUGGAGCCAUUGCAUUUCUGGAUAGCCUAAUACUCACCAAUCCCAGAAUGUAUACACUUAUCACUGGAAAAGAGGCUUCAAUGGAUCCCAACAGCUUCAGCAAAUUAAUUGACAGUAACCAACUGAGCAUUUACCUGAUGCAGACCUUAAGCAAUCUGCAGGAAGAACUAAUGCAGGAGAAACAGGUGAAAAGCUCUCUAAUGCACCAUUUGCGAAAGAUGAGGGAAAAGCAGCAACAGCUAGAAGAGGAAGGAGAAUCUGUGCGGAGCAUGGAGCACGAGAACCAGAGAUUACGAAGGGAGAAGGAUGCCCAGGGUCAACUGUUAACCAAACUGAAGGAUGAACAAUAUGAGCUGUCAAUGCGCUACUCUCAUGCUCUGCAGGAAAAGGACACUGUGCAGAGCAAGAACAGUGAACUUCAGGAACAGUUCUAUGCAAUGAGGGAAGAACUUAACAGAUUGCGCAUGGAUCUUGAAGUAGCUAAGAGCUGGACUGCACAUGCUCAGUGUGAAGAAGAGCUAUUGUGCCUCAGGGAGGAAAACAAGAAGUUCAGAGUGAGGCUGGUAAAAGAGAAUUUGGAAACAGUAGAAGAGCAGCAGCCUUUAGAUGUGACACUUCAGAGCACUCAAGAACUAUUGGCCCAGCUACGACUGUCAAAGGAUAAACUUGCAGCUAGUGAGGCUAUAGAAAAGUUGUGGGAGAAGGAGAAAGACACAAUGGUGCAAGAGUGCCAAAACCUACAGUUGGAAUGUGACAUUCUCCGAAAAAAGAGUGAAGCAUUUCACAGCCAUGUGUGUGAGCUGAAGAAGGAACGAGAUCAGGCAUACAGAGCUCGAGAUAUGGUCCAAACUGAGAUUUCCACCAUUCUUACAGAAAAGGACUUCUUAAGGCAACAAGUAAUGGAACUGACUGACAGAAACUCUGAGCUUUUGCAGCAGAUUUUGAGUCUGCAAGAACAGCUACAAACUCACAGGAAGAUAAGAAGAAGCUUUCAUGAGGCUUGUGAGCAAAGGGAUGUCACUACAAAAUCUAAACAUAUGAGACUGGUUCGUAUGUAUGCACUUUGCCCCUCUGAAGAAGGUAGCAGGAGCUUCUCCACUAGCAUUUCUGAGACCUGGACAGAAAACAGUUGCCAGACUAGCAGUGAGCUUGGGGAAAGUUUUAAUUCAUUUACCUCCCUCCAUGAUGAUUAUCUGACUGAUCUCACUAAAAGUACAUCGCAGGACCUCCCUGAUCUUCUCCAGGGGGAGAAAGCAGAAACAGACUCUGAAUUUGAAGAAGGUCUCCAAAUGUUUUCGCAGAUGGAAAACAGUGAGAGCUGUCCCAGCUUCAAUAACCUUACAAUCUCAGUUCCGAGAAGACGUUAUGCCCGCAGGGAGACCAGCCGGGUUACUGUUAUUGCUUUCCAGGGGGAUGAUCUCCUUAAGCAAAUCAGCAUCAUUGGUGGGAACAGAACAGGAAUAUUCAUACACCAAGUCACCCAAGGUUCAGCAGCAGAUGAAAUGUCAUUGAGACCAGGAUACCAAAUUAUGGCGGUAGAUUUUGAUGUUUUGAAUCCCUCCUAUAAGGUGGCACUGGAAGGAAUGACUUCUGAAGAUGCUCACUGCAUCCUAAACAGAGUAAAUGGUUUCUGUUGCCUCUCUGUCAAAUGCAACAUGGAUGAAUAUCGAAAGCUUCUGCAGGAUAUCGAAAGUGGCUCUGUUUCUUCAGGAGAUUCAUUUUAUAUUCAAGUAAACCAGUCCAUGGCUGGUCGUGUUGGCGGAGGACUGCAAGUGACAUGUGGGGAGAUCCUUCACAUCACAGAUACAAUGUUUAAGGGCCGUUACCAAUGGUUUGCUCACAGAGUUAAUGCCUACUCUAUGAAGGAUGGAGAGUCUGGGAUAAUACCCAACUACCCACAGGCUCAGCAGCAGCUAAUCACCACCAUUCAGCACUUGACAUGGCAGAAUGGAACGUCACGCAGGCCACAGAAACAAAUCCGUAUAGUAAGCACAGACCGGUGUAACUCUCACUUGCUGUGGACAUCUUUAGAUUGCGGUAUCUGCCAAUGUGAAGACCCUCCGGCAGGAUCUGUGCUGGGAAGGAGCUGCUUUACUCUGAUGCCAUAUACCUUGGUGACACAUCUCAAGACUGUAAUUCCACAACCGGUGUUGCUUGUUCCUUCCCUGCUUGGCAGAAUCCUGAGUGAAAAACUCUGCAGCAGUAAAGACUUCAUAAAAUGUGACACAGAAUGCCUGACAGAUGCAGAAUAUGCAGCAAGAUAUCAGCGUGGUGAUAUUAUUGGGGAGAGAGAAAGGGAAGGUAUACGAUGCUGUUUCACAAGACAGAAUGUGGAAUCUGUUGCUAAGCAGAAUGCUCACUGUAUUCUAGAGCUUGGGCUGUCUUGCCUCUCUGCUUUACUUCGUGUGGGAAUCUACCCAAUAAUCUUGCACAUCCCUCUGACUGAGAAGAGCACUAAAAAACUAAAGAAGCCUCUCCAGUGGUGGCGGAAUUGUGAAGAUCUACUGUUGGAGUGCGCACAACGCGAAGAGGCUGAACUCGAUUCCUUGCCUUGUCUAUACCGCACAAUAGAUCCCGAUAGCUGGAGUGACACUGAGUCUCUUCUCUGCAGUGUGAAGGAGGCCAUAUUGGAUGAACAGAAACGAACUGUGUGGUUGGAGAAAAAAACUUGCUAAUAGAGAUGAGCAGGUUGAAAAAAGUACAACCAAAUGGUAAGCUGUUUACAGACCCAGUAACUUUGUAUGGAAGGAGCACACCUAUGGCCAAUGCCUUUUCAGUCCAUUUAUUGCAGCAUAAAAACAGCACAAGCUUUCGCGGGAUACCCCCUUCCUCAGGUGCAAUCCACACACAAUGAAACCAUAUACUUAAAUACAUUCCUUAACAUGUGACACUAUCAUGUGAUCCAUUAACCCCUUAAUGUGUUAAAUAACACAACACAUUGGAAUUUAACUCAUAGUCCAUUGUUCAGUCCAUAUCCAACCAUCAUGGUAUAUCCAGUAGAUUAUAUAUUUUAGCCCAUUACCUAGAAAAAUACAAUAAUAAUAAGUUAUCUAAAACACUGCUUAAUUAAUUUCGCAUAAGAAAUCCAUUCCCAUAUUUUCAUUAAAAAAUCACACAAUAAUUUUAUUUUUCUUAUUGGAGAAAGAGACUCCAAUUUUUUCAUCCAUACUCUCUUCAAAAGUUAUUUUUGGAUAUUACCUCCUCUAGAUUCACCUGUUCUAAUACCAUCCAUCUGACUUGAGUCACCGAUUUUUGUAUCAGUCCUAUUGUAUAUUAACGCACACGAACGCUCGUGUAUUUCUACCAUAAAAUACAAUAGGACUGAUACAAAAAUCAGAUGCGUAAACUACAUGUAAAAUUUUCCAUCUGACAUGACACGACUGUCGCAUGUGAAUGCUGCAUGCGGCUUCUUCAUCCGACAAGAUAAAAAUGGAUGGUCUCUGAAAGACUUUUUUUCCUCAUUGAUAUAUAUUGACUGUCGGAUGUAAACGCAUGAACUUAAGACUCCAUCCAACUUAUCUGAACUAUUACAUGUAUAAUGUUCAUUGAUUUUAAUUCAAGUGCCCUUGGCCGGGUGUAUCCCCACGAAUUAUGCCAUUGCAAUGUGAGCAAUCACCACAGCCAAAAGUACCCAAUUUCAAUGGUGCUAUUAAACCGGUUUUCUUUUCCUUUUGCAACAAGUUUUUUGAUUGAUUUCUCCCAUCUGUAGGAAAACAAAAGAAUUUCUUUAAAUACUUUCCCUAACUCACAAUCCCUUGGCAUUGUCCAUAGGUGUGCUCCUUCCAUACAAUACUGUAUACUAUUUGGUUUUUGUAGCAGCCAGCAAGUGUUUGCACCCUUGAAAAUCAAGUGGUGUGCUGAGAAAUUUUGUAUUGAACUAUGUUUACAGACCCACACACCCAAAUUGUAAAGCCAUUAGUAGAACCUGAACCUGUCAGCAAAAUUACAGAAGAUGGCAUCAAGGAUGUGUAAAAGGGGAAAUGGACCAAAGCUAGAGAAUAUUUUUGUCCUAGUCGCCACAAAGAGAAAUGCAAUACAGUAUAUGCAUAUACUGUAUAAUUAUAAGUUCUCCAAUGGUAACUCUUCUAUUGGUAGCAUCCUCCAAAAAAUUCCCCCUUCAAUUCUGAAUGGGUCAGUCUUUUCCAGGAUGAUCUAUAUGCUGUUUCAAUGCCACCGAGGGGUGCUGCACCAAUGAAGUCCCUGGUAAAAAUGCAGCUCCUGGUAACUAAGAGCUGAAUUUCCCUUUUUAAACAUGGAAAUUUGGCUUUUCUAGUGCAGAGAGUGCAAUUGCUGCCCACGACACCCUCUGGCACUGAAAAGUGAGUGCCGUGGGGAGGGGUGGGGGCAGGAAAAUGAAGGCUGCCUCAGGCGGCAAAAUGGACAGGAUCGCCCUGAUGCCACCUAGCCAAUCUCAUACAUUAAAGAGGUUGUUCAUCUUUAAAUUAACUUUUAGUAGAAGAAGAUGGUGCCCGUGAGCUCCGCUGUACUCACUCUACAUGUGCGGUCGUUAUUUCUAGAGGGGUCAGAAUUCAGGGGUAAGACUGUGCAGGGGGAGUCAGGGAGGGGUGCCAGCAGAGGGGGGCCAGUGGGGAUUUAUCACAAUGGGGUGUUUAGUUGUCCUUUAAAAUCCCAUAAUUUGAUCUUGCUCUGGAUACCUGUUGGAAAUUCUUGCUUAUUUGGUAGAAUCAGCUCCAAAACGUUUUCAAUUUGUGGAUCCUGGUGCACGUACCCUGACUGGCCACCUUCCAAUCCUUUCACAAGUAUAGAUUGAAGUACAGCACACAAGUCUUUUCUAUAAGUAAAAAUGCCUUUAUUUUAACACUGGCAGGACCUGGAUAAGCGACGUUUCAGGCUACACAGAGCCUUUUUUCGAGCUUACCAGACACUUCAACAAUACAGCUUUUUAUAGAGAAACAUAUUGCGCCAUCUACUGGCUUCUUGUUUAAAAUUUGUUACAAUUUCCAACAGGUUUGCUACAAUGUCACAAGUAGAUAUCCCAUUAACUCUUAAAUGGUUGAACCAUCACAAGUUUGCCCAAGUUCUAAACAUCUGUAAAACACAAAUUUUAAAAAUAUCAAAAACAAUAAACCCGGAAAAUAGCUUGUAGGUUGUAUUCCCUAUUUAAUCCCUGGGGUGUGAGGGUUUCUAGUUUUAUAAUCCACAUGGCUUCUUUCUUAAGAAGCCCUUUGGUCCGGUCCCCUCCUCGUCGCAUUGUAGGUGCCUGAUAUUUUAACUGCUGCACUCCGUGGCCCUUCUCUACAAAAUGUGAAGCGACUGUCUGCUCCACUUUCUUAGUGCGUAUGGCUGACUUAUGUUCCCUGAUGCGUUCCCUAACUGUGCGGCUUGUCUGCCUCACAUACAUUAGUCCGCAUGGGCAUUUUAUUCUAUAGAUCGCAAAUGUAGUUGCACAAGUGUAAUAUCCCCUGAUUAUUAUAGGGGUGCCCAUGCGUGGAUGGUAGAAUGUAUCACCUUUUCAAACAGCAAUUACAGCUCAAACAUGGGAAGGUACCACAUUUUACUGGACCCAAAAAUCUCUGUUUAGGCUUUUCUUCUUCCAAGUCUGACUUGGUUAGCAUAGAUCCAAUUGUCCUAUUCCUUUUAUAUGACAUCAUUGGUGGUAACUCAAACCAAGUUACACCAGGGAUGCCAUCCCUCAAAACACCCCAAUGUCUCCUUAUAAUAUUGACCACCUGGUGGCUUAAUACAUUAUAUUUUGAGACAAAGGGGAUACAAUCUGUGUGUUAUUUCUCUCUGAAAACUCUAUCUCCUCCCGUUGCUUUAGUAAAAGAUUGCUGGGGUAACCCCUCUCCCUAAACUUUUCCUGCAUUUCGUCCAAUCUAUCACCCAGCAGUUUUUCAUCACUCACAAUAUGUUUAACUCUGCUGAAUUGGGAUUUUGGUAACGAUUUUGUGAUCUGCAAUGGGUGGAAGGAAUCGAAAUGCUGUAAAGAGUUAACGGGAUAUCUACUUGUGACAUUGUAGCAAACCUGUAGGAAAUUGUAAAAAAAUUGUAACAAGAAGCCAGUAGAUGGCGCAAUAUGUU